AUGUUACAAAAUUUUUGGGACACGUCCAUAAAUGACUGUAUCAGCUGCCCACCACAUCACUAUGGACCUAGAGAAGCCUUGGGCAAUUGCCUGCCCUGUGGACCCUGCUCACAGCAGCCUCUGCCUGGACAGGACAACUGUACAUGUUUGCAAGAGGGUCAAGUCUUUCAGGCCAGUGACGGACAGUGUCCAUGUACUUUGGGAUACACACAGAAAGGAGAAGACUGUGUGUUGAAGGUCUAUGAGAUCUGCAAGGAUGGAAGAGCACAUAACCAGCAUGGAGAAUGUCUGGACCACAAGCAGUGGAAACAGUAUUGCUCUCAGCAGGUAUGUCCAUCUCCUGAGAUGUAUGAGGGUUAUGAUGGUUCCCUGGGCCUGUGUGCUUGCAGAGGGCUGUCCAGGCCUGAGCCAGACAGGGUCGAGUGUGUGGGCUGGUGCCGGAGCAUCCUGAGUCCAGUUCUGCAGCUGGUUUGCACUGGAAGCCUUUACCUGCUCUACAUUGAGUCUAAUCAACAGGUGAGCAUGUCUGGAAGCAUGCUGGAGACUGUCCUCAAACACUGGGACUCCCGUGGGAGCUUGGAAUGCAACGUUCAUCUCAACUUCUCCAGGCCUGUGUACACAGUGCAAACACGGGAGGCAGGCUUCUUUGGUCUGCUUAAUGCUGUCCCUGUGGAGGUCAGGAGGAUGAUUCUGGCCCAUAGCCAGCAAACCAACAGCCAUUUUGGGCCCCUAGAUACAGACCGAGGAAACAUCAAAGACAAAGAGGAAGUUUGGGACUCUCAUUGGUCCAGUAGCUCAUCAGUGUUCGGUACAUCCGAUAUGAGGCCUGGAGGAGUCUCGAACCCAACAGCAUGUCUACGUCCGGAAGACAUUCUUCUUUUUACCGUGACCCAACAGCACUGUCCUCAGUAUGAUGUAGACAGCUUGUACAACACUAAUGCUGCAUUUGACUGGGGUCCCUUCAGAUUAUUGGCACAGGACCAAGAACUGGCACGAUCUGCCCACUCCCUUUUUUCCAUAAGUCUCCAUGAGCCUGGGGUUAUGGGAGGGUAGUGCCUGCAGGCGGAGAGUGUUAUGACACUGGACCCUUCUUCCCUUCAGACCCACAUCAUUUGACUCGCAUGGGCAUCGCACAGAGGCGCCAACUGCUGCUCCGCCCCGAUUGGCUGAUGAUCGGUGGGCUUUUAGUUGGAGCUGUGGUAAUCCUGUGCCUGUGCGUCACAAUAUUGAUCCUGUUUAGGGAGUACGGUUGGCCUGAGAAACUGCCAGCUCAGGCCAGGUACUGUGAUCUGCAGCUCAGGUACAACAUGGCCGAUUAUUCAUCGAAGGGCUCUAGAGUGGUGGCUGUGAAAAAAACACAUCGAAACCUGCAGGUGGGGUUGACUGAGGAUUCAGUACAGAGAGUGAUUGUCAGGAGAUGUAUUGGGGCGUGACACAUUUGCCUGUCCUAUGGUAUUGUAUUGGCUCCGUCCAGAGCUAGAAUUCCCACAGACUGCUCACAUUGCCCGCAGCGGUGGCUCUGGUGUCAAAUGAAUUCUGGGACUACGAAGAGCAAGUUGAUCUCGAAGCCUUCAGUUCUAGCACCUUCUACGACAUCCUACUCAAGCACAGCGUUUCUGUCACAAUACGUCUCGGGCAGCUCAGAGGAGAGGUGAAGCAGCUCUAUCAGGGGGUGCUGGGGAAGCUGAGAGAGCUCCACCCUGGCUGGAGGAUGUUUGGAGGGAAAACCGA